AUUUUUAUUACAUAUUAAUAUGCUACAUUCCCGCCUUAUAUUUGGAGAACAAUGAAAGUCAAAAACAUGGUGUCUCUUUCUGCCAAUCUCCACCAACCUGUCCGCGCGUGACGCAAGGGGAGUAUACUUAAAGCAGGAUUAGCUCUCCAACAACAUUAAACUCAACUGCCCUCCAUUCAAGCACCGCGCGACAUACCGUCCGGCGCGCACGGUCGAAAAUAGGAGGGCUUUCUACUAAUCAGCACUCAGGCUCGCGCGAGCAAAAGUGCUUGGGUUGUCGAGUGAGCUUUUAGCAGAGGCGCAGAAGGUGGAAGGCAUGAGCGAACGCAGAAGCGGUGGGUUACCAAUGCAUUAUCCAGUAGCUGGAGCAUCUGGAGUAAAACACGGGAAACAAUAGAUUCCACAGGAAUUUUGCACAGUGCACGGUGUGCUAUCGUCUCCGAAUGAAUGACCAUGGGGGAGUGGACAAUAUUAGAGCGUCUCUUGGAGGCGGCUGUCCAACAGCACUCUACUAUGAUCGGAAGGAUCCUCCUAACUGUGGUGGUGAUCUUCCGGAUUCUAAUCGUUGCGAUCGUUGGAGAGACGGUCUAUGAUGACGAGCAGUCCAUGUUUGUGUGCAACACCCUACAGCCCGGCUGUAACCAGGCCUGCUACGACAAGGCGUUCCCCAUUUCCCAUAUCAGAUAUUGGGUGUUUCAGAUUAUUCUGGUGUGCACCCCCAGUCUCUGUUUCAUCACCUACUCCGUACACCAGUCCGCCAAGCAGAAGGAGCGUUUGGAGCGGGGGUACUCCACCGUGUUCCUCUCCUUGGACAAGCGCCAUGAUUCCAUCAAAAGAGACGACAGCAAAAAGAUCAAAAACACCAUUGUAAAUGGAGUACUCCAGAACACGGAGAACUCCACCAAAGAAGCCGAGCCCGACUGCUUGGAGGUGAAGGACAUCCCAAAUUCGGCCAUGAGAACUAGUGGAAAGUCUAAAAUGAGGAGGCAGGAGGGAAUCUCAAGAUUCUACAUCAUCCAAGUGGUUUUCCGAAACGCGCUAGAGAUAGGGUUCCUGGUGGGUCAAUAUUUCCUCUAUGGAUUCAAUGUCCCCGCGGUAUAUGAGUGUGAUCGAUACCCCUGCAUCAAAGAUGUAGAAUGCUACGUUUCAAGGCCCACGGAAAAGACAGUGUUUCUGGUCUUCAUGUUUGCGGUCAGUGGCGUCUGUGUGCUCCUGAACUUGGCUGAACUCAAUCAUCUUGGAUGGAAGAAGAUCAAAGUAGCUGUCAAAGGCGUGCAGGCCAGGAGGAAGUCCAUCUACGAGAUCCGUAACAAAGACUUGCCUAGAAUGAGCAUGCCCAAUUUCGGCCGCACUCAAUCAAGUGACUCUGCCUAUGUGUAGCUGUCGAUUUCAAUACAACUGAAUGGAACAAUUGUAGCCUACAAAGAAUUCACAUAUAUUUAAUAAUAAUGUGGUAGAUAUUUUAUCUCACCGACUUCGUUUGCGAAGUAGGUCGGGUAUAUCGAUUUUAUUUGUAUUUUAUGGAUAAGUAAAAAACAAACGGACCAAAACGUUUGUUUGUCAUAUAUACACACAUACGAGAAGGCACUGAUGCAACUUUUUAGUAUGGUAUAUCCUAUAUUUUGUAAAGUGCUUCUUAAAAGCAUUUAAUUUGUGUUCACAUAUUCACUCUGUCGUUCACUUCAGCAGUUGAACAUGGAGCAAAUACUUGCACUAAAUAUGAAUAAUGAGGCAAAAUAUAUCCGAUUUGUGCUGUGACGUCUUUUAAUGACAUUCUGCCGGUUUUAAACUCCACAUACCAUUAUAGGCACGAAACACACACAUUAUUUGACAGUUUUAGGGUCAAUAUUCCUCAAAUGUACACAAAUGCAUAUUCAUUCUUCUAGUAGGCUAGAUCACUCAUUUCAAAUAUUUGUCAGAUAGAUCAAUGACAUUAGCACUAUAAGUUGUUUUGGUUGCCUGAGUUUGCACCAUUGACCUUAACCUAUGUGAUCACUCCAUUGGGGAAUGGGGGGGGGGGGGUGCUGCAAAUGCUGACUUUUUUCUUGACUUUUUAUUUACACCCAAGCGCCCAUUCCUUUUAUUUGUGGGGAAAUUGAUUUUCAUGUCAUCAAGUGCCAUAUAUGUACAUAAAUAUAAACAUGACCAUAUCUAUAAAGUAUUCUCUUCAUUUUGAAAGCUUUCAUUCCA